CCAAGGGAUCAGACUCGCCCUCAUUGCGAACGGAGUGCAAGUCAGACAAGUCUGAGCGAGCCAGGGUGAACAGCAGACAAGGUGAGGCGGGACGGGUGUGACCUCCUUGCUUUGCACGAGGAGGAGAGACACUCCGAAGCAAAACAAGUGCCUGAAUCCGCAGAUGCUAUUGACCAAGGAUAGCUAUCCCUGGUCAUUACCCUAGGCUAUGAUGAUCCAGCAGGUUCUCUGAGCAGCCAGUGCCACUGUACCACCCUUGACGGUAUACGGGAACGUGCUUUGAUCUGUAUCAAAGUAAACUAGACAAAUUUCCGUCAUUCCCAUCCUGAAGAAUGAGCUGACCCUACGAGUACAAUGAAAGAAUAUGACAGUCGUGGUUCUAAAAACCAGAUGCACUGUCUGAGCCCCCAGUUCCUUGGAGCAUCUUGGCAACCGAAGGCAGAACGCAGCGAGAGGAAGGAUAGUGCGUUGGAUCCGGCAUGGUGCCCGUUCUGGGAGGCUUUCCAACGAGACCCUGUGAAAUGGUAACAAUCGUUUAAUGAGUAAAGACGCAAGCUAUUCCUGGGAAGAUGCCGGGGAAGCCGAACGCAACAACUUGCCGACGGCAAAGGCCUUGAAGCCUCGGCCUCGGAGGGAGGCAGAGGGGCACUGCCGGAUGGAGGAGCUGUGUGC